ACGUGUUCCUGUCUAAAGUUUGGUCCUCUGUUCUCUGUGUUUAGCCAACUAUAAAACACCGUCAGAUUCAUGCAACAGUCUAGCAGUUCACUUCACACACACGUAUUGUUGCCGUUAGUAACGGUAGCGUUGCCAACAUCGUGGAUGUUUACAGGAGUGCCAGUCGUCGUCAGGAUCAAUGGCGUCCUGUGCAACAGAGUUGAUAACAUCAUGUUCCAACAUCGUUUUGUCUGCCACAGCAUUAUACUAUUCCUACAGACUAUUUAAGGAUCACAGAGCUCCUUCAGUAGGCCUCUUCCUGCUCGGACUCUCUGCAGCACUGUGCAUCGUGCAGCCCUCCAGCUCAUACCUCACAUCUUUACAGAGAGAAGCAGAGUGGACCGCCCAGGUUCUGGCUCCAGCGCUGGUCUCCUUCGACUUCCUGUGGCUCAGUGAAGACCACAACACAGCACAUACCCUCCUGUGUGGCUCCUGUCUGCUGCUUGGUCUGUGUGACUGGCUCUCAGCCGAUGCUCUCACGCUGAUGACGCGCUGCCUCGGUUUGUCUUCCCUGUCCUGCUGUCUGACGGUCUGUCUGUUUGCAGGGAAUGCUUUAGGGGCCUUUGGCGGUGUGGCCCUCAGCCUCCCAUUGCUUGUGGCUCAGAGGGUCGGAACAAACACUUUCGCUCCACUCAUUUCUCAAGCUGCAACUGAGGGACUCAUCAAGUGGCUUUUAAAGGGCAUCAUGUCUGUGGGCUGUUGGGCCUCCACACAGGCCCUUGGCAAGUUCCUGUUGGAUGUGACUGAGCAAUGUAUCAUGGACCUUUAGAAAAUCUGUAGAUAUCUGUAUGAUGAGUCAGGAUCCGUGUGAUGGACUUGGACAACAUACACAACAGUACAAAAGUCAACUGGUACUGACCAAAAGGGACCCAUGCAAAAGUGAAUGUGCCUAACUUAUUAGCAUUUCAGAACAAUUCUGAAAAAGAGUUGUGCUGCACAAUUUUUGCAAUUACAACAAACUUUUUCAGGAUGUUUUUAACUGGAUUAAUUUUUAUUAUAUUAAUAUUAAUAAUAAUAAUACAUUUUAUCUUGUAUUUUAAGGUAUAAAAAGAUUGCAGUAGAGUUGGAGUGAGAAGUGGAUUCAUUGAUUAGUAAAUUGACUGAAAAUGAAACGAUACAAUAUAUACAAUACAUUUUCUAAAUGAUUUAUUAAGAAAUUAUUGAUUAUUUCGAAAAAUGCCACACAACAGCUGAUGGAGGAAUUGCUGCUUUUUUCUUUGUUUAGUCAUCAUAAAACAAAUAUUGAGAUAAAGACUGUUGAGAGAAAAAGCAAUCCAAAGAGUUCACCUUGCGCACUUGGAAACAUUUUAAAAUAUAUUCUGACAUUAUCUUACAGAUAAUAUGAUUCAUUUAAGAUUUUAAGAAAGACAAUGUAAACAUUUGCAUUUCUUUCUUCAUUUUUGAGGCCACAUGCACUAAAGUAUAACAUGCUUCACAUAUUUUAUGUUUAAGGACUUAAUACAAUUAUUAUUUAACACAAUUAUUAAGGCUGAGAUAUAUGAAACAAGUGCUUUUUAUUAUUUAUUUUGUAUCACGCUUUGUGUUUGAAAAUGAAAAAUCAAGCCAAAUAUUCAACAUGGUAACGGAGUAUUGUAGCUUACAUUUCCAAGUAAUUCAGAAAUCAUUCAGAUAUCUGAUUUAGUCAAUUCUUUGUAGUUCCAAUGAAGUCCCAGAUUGGGUUUACAGUAUCCGCUAAGCAUAGACCUUGGCUGAACUUAGUAUGAACUUUAUUUGAAUAAAAUACAAAGCAUUAACAAAACACAGAUGCCACUGAACAAACUCAUUUGCAUGAGAAUAUCUGACCACAAUUUACAACUGAUAGCCGGUCUGCAUGACUGUGAUGCAGCAAUGACCUUUAUUAGACAUAUUGGAGUACCCUCCUGACAUUAAUUAUGCUGUUCAAUUCGCCAGCACGUGGGCGGUUUAAUUUAAUCUUUGAUCAUUUUAGAGAAUGUCUUGCCGGCUGUAUUCACUGUCAGGCUGUUAGAAGCCUGCACACAUCUCUUCAAAAGUUUCAACAUCUAGCUGCUUCAGAGUCUGGGUCCCAUUUGUUCUGCAGCCUCAGCAGUAUCACUGUUUCCAUAUCUGCAGUGGUCAGAGCUCUUGGUCGUGCUCUUACCUCACCAUGCUCGUUUGAUACUUAUCAGUAGACAUUUUACAUAAUGGUUUGCUGCAGUGGUAACAGAAAUUACCUCAUCUGUUUAACAUUGUGCCCACAUUGUUGUCCUAUCAACAUUUCCAUAUUCUGUGCAGCCAUGUGAACACUGCAGAUUCUCUCUCAGGAUUUCAGAAUUGUAAGCAGCUGCCUCAGCAUUUUUACUGCAGUAAACAACAAGGAUUUGUGGCUGUGUUCCUGUCUGUGGAACAAUGCCUUUGUCAGACCUCAGCACACAGGUGACCAGGGAUAUUUAAAAAUGUAUUUAAUUCUGUACACGCCUGUGAAUUUGGGUUGCAAAAGGAUGAUGCUGAUUGUGCUGUGAUUCAUCAUUAAGGUCAAGUCUUUAUUGGAAACAUUAAUCUGUUUUAAAAUGUCACAUGUUGUAUUUUAUUUAUUUUUAAUUUGUUAACAAAAAUGUGAAAACUAAAGGAAUUUUAAGUUGACAUAACUUGAAUAAAUUAUUUAAAUGCAUCUGAAAAAAUUA